UUUUGACGGUUUUCGUUCAUAUUUUUAAAAGUGCGAUUACUAUGCAAUUCUUAAAGUAUACAAUCAGUGUAAGUGCCGUAGUGUUGUGCUAUUUACAAAUAGCGAGUUCUGACCGAGAAUCCGUUGAAAUACAGAAAAUAUUCUCCAAAUGCAAGAAAAACUCGUCCGAUUUCGAUGCUUGUGUGAAACGUGCUUUUAACAAACUUCGACCUUAUUUUAAAAGAGGUGUACCAGAUAUGGGUAUAGCGCCCUUCGACCCACAUUUCGCGAAAGAAGUAAAGCAAAUUCGAUCGAUUUUCGGAAUGGGAUAUACGCUGACCCUACAUGAUGUUUUCGAAAGGGGCUGGUCACAAUCCACUGUCACUAAGUAUAAAACCGACUGGGCAAAUCAACGUAUUAUAUACUCGCAAUACUUCCCAGAAAAAUGGCUAGAAGGAAAUUAUGUGUUUAAGGGUGACAUGCUAGGCCUAGAAGUAGAACGCUCUGGUCACUGGAACCUAACGCUACGUGACUACUCGCAGACCACGCGAAUCAAACGCAAUGGUAGUGGGGUAGACGUCAACGUGGAAGUCGACCAUAUCGGCGACAUGGACAUACAUGUUGGAAACCUGCUCAGCGGCAGAAGCGUAAUGGAACGUGUUCUAGACGGUCUGAUAAAUGCAACCUGGAAGCCUGGCUUCGCGGUGAUCCGACCGUUAAUCAACGACCUCGUAAGCACCGCAUUUACUGACAUCUGGAGCAAAUCCUUUAAAGACUUCCCACUGGAAGAGUUCAUUAAGGACUAACGAUAAAAUAAAUGUUAUAUCUAAUUUAGUUAAUCAUUAAAAUGUUAAGCGUUUCGAACUAGUCCUUAGAUGUUUAUUGUAUGUUUAAAUAAGUUGUGUAAUGUAAAUACGGGAAAUAAAAGACAUUUUAU